AUGGUGGGGUGGAGGAUUCGAGCAGACAUGGCGGAAAUAGACGUUGGACGAGUUUACAGCAAGAGAUACAUAAAGGGAAAAGUAAAGUAUGUUGAUUUAUUGGACAUUGACGAGUUCUCUGUUCAUGAUAUUGAUGAAAUGAUGGACAUCCUUGGUUGCGUAGAGGAAGGUAAGCUAUUGUAUUAUCACUUCAAAAGACCAUUAUCGGAUUUGACACUGACAUCAACAACAGGGGAUUGUAGUGGUUCUACCAUACCAGAAGUUAACCAAUGUGGAAAAUCCCCAAAUGAACCUCAAUUUCAAACACAAGGUUUUGAUCAAGACUUUGAUCAUUGUGAAAACCCUCUAAAUGACUUUGAUCAAGACAUAACUUCAUUUGUACAAGACUUUACUGCAUUUGUACAAGAUGAGGUCAAUCAAAGUGAGGACAUGGGAGUACAUGGUGAUGAUUUGACUGACAGUGAAGAUAGUGACUUCCUAUUAGACGAGGAUAACAUGAUUGAGGAGCCUGACAUAGAUAUGAAAGAAUUUUUCUCGAACAUUGACCAAAAUGCAAAAUGGAUGGGUGACAAUGGAGGGUUAAGUAUGAAUGUAGAAUAUGGUAAGGAAGAUGAACAAAUCGAGGAGGCUGAAGAAAACAGUGAAGCGCGUGUUAGUGAUCCCUUUUACUUGUAUCAGAGUUUUGGUUCAUCUGAAGAGUUGAAAAACAAAAUAAAACAACAUGCUGUCGAGACUAGAAGAGAGAUUGUCAUAAUUAAAAAUGACAAAAAUAGGGUAAGGGCCGUUUGUAAAGGUAGUAUACCAGACCUUAUUGAAGUAGGUGUUGGUGGGCCUGUUGAAGAAAGGAAGUGCUCGUGGGUCCUAUAUGCAAGCAAGUGGAGUAACGAUGCAGAUUGGGAGGUGGAAAGUAACCCAACAAUUCCUACAAGAGCUUUACAAGAACAACUCCAAUGCCAAUACCAAUGUGACAUUUCGAAGAUGAAGGUAUUUCGGGCAAAAACCGAGGCAAAUAUUCAUGUGAGAGGGUCAUUGAAGAAGGGUUUUGCAGCUGGAAAACAAGAUUAUAUUGGUUUGGAUGGGUCUUUUAUGAAGGGUCCUUAUCCAGGAACAGUCCUCACUGCAGUGGGUCUUAAUGGAAACAACUGUACCUAUCCUUUGGCACACGCUGUAGUAGAGGCCGAAAACAUAAAUUCGUGGACUUGGUUUUUAAAUUGUUUGGGUGAUGACCUAGAGUUGCAUAGUAACUCCAACUUUACAUUUAUAUCUGAUAGACAGAAGGGAUUGUUGCAUGCAGUAGGUACACUUUUUCCAUGUGCAGAACAUAGGUUUUGUCUACGCCAUAUCCACGAAAACAUGAAAACACAGUGGAGGGGAAGGGUCUUUCAGGACACGUUAUGGAAUUGUGCAACUGUAACAACUGUGCAAGAAUUUCACCAUGCAAUGGAAGAGUUCAAGAAAUUGAACAAUGAUUGCUAUGAAUGGGUUAAAUCUAUUCCACCUCAGCACUGGGCUAGGUCACACUUCAUAGGGAGGGCACAUUGUGAUGGUCUUCUAAAUCAUUUGUGUGAGUCUCUUAAUAGUCAACUUCAAAAAGCACGUGAACAACCGAUCAUCACUUGUCUAGAAUCCAUUAGAGAGUACCUAAUGGUAAGGAUAGUCACAGUGCAAAAGGUAAUUGAUAAGGCAUCUGGACCUUUGACUCCAACUGCAACAACUGUAUUGGAAAAAAUAAAAAAUGAGGCAUCACAAUGUAUUGGUGUGUUUUGUGGGAAUGGUAAAUACCAAGUUGUUGGACCAUGCAUGGACCAGUGUGUUGUUGACAUGGUUCAACACACAUGUUCUUGUAGGAAAUGGGAACUCACUGGCAUCCCAUGUAAGCAUGCAAUAGUUGCAAUAUGGGAUAUGAGAAAAAACAACAAAGAUGUAGGGUUGCAUGAAUCAUGGGUUCAUCCCACUUACUGGCUCAAAACAUGGAAGGAAAUGUAUUCCGUCAAGAUUGAACCUAUUAAUGGAAGAAGAAUGUGGGAAAAAUAUCCUUGCCUUACCACAUUGCUACCUCCUAAACAUCAUGUCCCUAUUGGAAGACCAAAAAAGAAACGAAAGAAGUCUGAUGUGGAAGAUUCGGUGAAGGGGAAUAGUGCUUCAAGGAAAAAUAAAUCUGUGACAUGUUCGAAAUGCAAAAAUAAUGGUCAUAAUGCUAGAAGUUGCAAAGGUCAGAAAGCAAAUGGUACUGGGAAGGUAGAUGGUGUAGGGAAGAAAGCAGAUGGUGAUGGGAAGAAAAAAAUGGUUAUGGGAAGAAGAAAGCAGUUGGUGCUGGGAAGAAACCAAAUGGUGCUGGGAAGAAGAAAGCAGUUGAUGCUGGGAAGAAACCAAAUGGUGCUGGAAAGAAAGGAAAGAAUGUUGUUUGAAGAAGUAUUUUCUAGUAUUUCUGUUGCUUAA